CUCGCUGACUAUCGACCCUGUACCCCAUAAACACAUCCUUACAGUGUGCGAUAUGACCUCCCAAAGAAUCGCAAACAGUGUCCCAGGCUACGCCAAAUUGCCUUUCUUGUCCGCAGCGGUGGUGUCCAACGGCUUUGUAUACUGCUCCGGACAGAUCGGUGCUACCCCUGAUGGAAAGCUUGUCGAGGGUCCCAUCACUAAACGGGUCGAGCAGAUCAUGGAUAAUCUGGAAGCCGUGUUGAAAGCCCAUGGGAGCGGGCUCGAGCAUACUGUCAAAUUCAACAUCUUUAUCACCUCCUACGACAUCUUUGACGAGCUCAACGCCGCAUACACCAAGCGUGUUCCAUCACCCCCGCCUGCCAGGAGCUGCAUAGGGGUGGCAACCCUUCCCAGGGGAACGGAUGUAGAGAUUGAGUGCGUGGCUGUGCUGCCUACCACGGCCAAGUUGUAGGAGGGCAACAACAUCAGUGCUGUGGUUCGGCGUCUUGGGUCGUCAGAUCUGAGUUGGAGCGCGCCGGUAGUGAGAUGGCUGUCAAGCUCGGCGUGAGCUAUGAGGAAGCUGCAGCCUAUGCAUCUUUCUAUAUGCCA